GGGGCUGAGCCAAGCCGCCGCCUCCCCUCCCUGCGCCGGCCGGCUGGGCCGCCGCCUUCUCCCGGGACCCGGGGGGGCCGGAGUGGCGCUGAACGGCAGGAGCAAUUUUAGUGUCGAAGAAUGACAGCAGCUACAUGACCAAGUGGAUGCAUUGUACAAGAGGGCGUUAGUUACAUCUGCCAACUUUUAUUGAACUCUUCCUUAAGUUCAGCCGUUAUUUUGUUUUAGAAGCGGAAAGACAAAGUAGGUUUUGAUGUUUUGUGUGGCAUCAACUGAAAUAGGAGCCAUCAUGAAUAUAACAAAGGGUGGGCUGGUGCUGUUUUCAGCUAAUUCCAAUUCAUCAUGCAUGGAACUAUCGAGGAGAAUUGCUGAACGCUUGGGGGUAGAGAUGGGCAAAGUUCAGGUUUAUCAGGAGCCAAACAGAGAAACAAGGGUGCAGAUUCAAGAGUCUGUGAGAGGAAAAGAUGUCUUUAUCAUCCAAACAGUUUCAAAGGAUGUGAAUACUACGAUCAUGGAACUCCUGAUCAUGGUGUAUGCUUGUAAAACCUCCUGUGCCAAAAGCAUUAUUGGAGUGAUUCCCUACUUCCCAUACAGCAAGCAGUGCAAGAUGAGGAAAAGGGGCUCCAUUGUCUCUAAAUUACUGGCUUCGAUGAUGUGCAAAGCUGGUCUAACUCACCUUAUUACAAUGGAUUUACAUCAGAAGGAAAUACAGGGAUUCUUUAAUAUUCCGGUUGAUAAUUUGAGAGCCUCUCCAUUCUUGCUUCAGUACAUUCAAGAAGAGAUCCCAGAUUACAGGAAUGCUGUGAUUGUGGCCAAAUCACCUGCAUCUGCAAAGAGGGCACAGUCAUUUGCUGAGCGCCUGAGGCUGGGAAUUGCUGUGAUUCAUGGGGAAGCCCAAGAUGCUGAAUCUGACCUGGUAGAUGGUCGACAUUCACCUCCUACAGCCAAAAGUGUAGCUGCUAUUCAUCCCAGUUUGGAGAUACCCAUGCUGAUUCCAAAGGAAAAACCACCUAUCACAGUUGUUGGAGAUGUAGGAGGAAGAAUAGCCAUCAUUGUGGAUGACAUUAUAGAUGAUGUUGACAGCUUCCUUGCUGCAGCAGAGACUCUCAAGGAAAGGGGAGCAUACAAGAUUUUUGUAAUGGCGACCCACGGCCUGCUGUCUUCAGAUGCUCCCAGGUUGAUAGAAGAGUCUGCUAUUGAUGAAGUUGUUGUAACCAACACGAUUCCACAUGAAAUACAAAAACUCCAGUGUCCCAAAAUUAAGACUGUGGAUAUCAGUAUGAUACUCUCAGAAGCCAUUCGCAGAAUCCAUAAUGGGGAGUCCAUGUCUUACCUUUUCAGAAAUAUAGGACUAGAUGAUUAAUCUUUUCUGUUUAUUCUAAAGAAAAACCAAGGGCCAAACUGGAAUUGUAUAGAAAACAAGCUGUGAAGCAUCAUGCUUACCUUAAUAUUUCAAUUGAGUCAUUUUCUGUUUUGUUGUUUUUCUUGGUUUAAAUUUGAAGUUAAACCAGAUUUCAAGAGCUAUUUUUCUUUGCAGUUUUUGAAAAAGACCCAAACGUUUUCCAAAAAGAGAGGAAAAAAAGUUGUUCUAGUUGCUUUUAGGUUAGUUGCACUAUGUAUGGAAAACAAACACUUGAAGCAAGAAUUUAGCUCAUAAACUAAACAUUCCUUUUCCAAAGCUGCUUGCUACAAGUGCUUUAAAAAGUUGAUAAAUGAAGUGACUGUAUAAUAUUUGCAUUUUAAAAGCCAAAAAGGUUGUACUGUUGUAUGCAGUUAAGUGACAUUUUGUAGAAGUGCUUUUAUAGAAAAGCAUAUGAAAUAUGCACCUGUAUUUAUUUUCUGCAACAAAGAAUAAAGAUUUGUUUUGUGUGA